AUGCAUAGAGAAUUAGAAGCACAUCCCUCCUGGAGCUCGCACAACCCAAACCCAAGUCUCUUCUUUCUCUGGGAUUUUGUAAGGCGUGGUGACUACAUGCUUCUCGAAUACGACAACAUUCUAAAUGGACGUCUUCUCCAACAUGCCGAUCAAUUUCGCACAGGACCACCAGGCACAGGUGAAAAUGCUGCAUUGAAAGUAUUUCAAGAAGUUUGUGCACGAACCCUGAUGCUGAAUAUGAUUGUCACCAACACAACCGGUCGAAUGGCAAUGAUGAUGGGGAGCGCUGGUCCCUCAGUCGAUUAUGGCGAUAAUGUUAGGCAAGCAGUUAGAGAGUUAGAGGCUGUUGUUCCAAAGGAACAUAUGAUGGCUGGUAUGGUCAACUGA